UCAAUUGAUUAUAUAUUCUUUCAUAGAUCGCUUUGUAACCAAUAUACAAGCUCAAUUGAUUAUAUAUUCUUUCAUAGAUCGCUUUGUAUCCAAUAUACAAGCUCAAUUGAUUAUAUAUUGUUUCAUAGAUCGCUUUGUAACCAAUAUACAAGCUCAAUUGAUUAUAUAUUCUUUCAUAGAUCGCUUUGUAACCAAUAUACAAGCUCAAUUGAUUAUAUGUUCUUUCAUAGAUCGCUUUGUAUCCAAUAUACAAGCUCAAUUGAUUAUAUAUUCUUUCAUAGAUCCCUUUGUAACCAAUAUACAAGCUCAAUUGAUUAUUUAUUCUUUCAUAGAUCGCUUUGUAUCCAAUAUACAAGCUCAAUUGAUUAUAUAUUCUUUCAUAGAUCGCUUUGUAUCCAAUAUACAAGCUCAAUUGAUUAUAUAUUCUUUCAUAGAUCGCUUUGUAUCCAAUACACAAGCUCAAUUGAUUAUAUAUUCUUUCAUAGAUCGCUUUGUAUCCAAUAUACAAGCUCAAUUGAUUAUAUAUGCUUUCAUAGAUCGCUUUGUAACCAAUAUACAAGCUCAAUUGGUUAUAUAUUCUUUCAUAGAUCGCUUUGUAACCAAUAUACAAGCUCAAUUGAUUAUAUAUUCUUUCAUAGAUCGCUUUGUAUCCAAUAUACAAGCUCAAUUGAUUAUAUAUUCUUUCAUAGAUCGCUUUGUAUCCAAUAUACAAGAUCAAUUGAUUAUAUAUUCUUUCAUAGAUCGCUUUGUAAC